AUAAACCUGAGAAGCGCCGGACCUUUUCUCUGGGAGAGUAUAAGUGAAUACGACAGACUGUAAGCAUGUUGAACAAGGACGCUAAAGUGACAGAAGAGGCCCUGUCGCCCCCUAAAAGUGGUGAUACCUCCACUGGCGAGGCUGAUACAGAUAAGUGCCAGGCUCAGAACGGAGAGGCAACCACCGCCUUAAUUACCUUCGAAGAAGGCGAGCAAGUAAGUUCCAUUGCGAAUACGACAGGAGAGAAGAACUCACAUGAGAACGUCGCAGAAGCGAAGAACUCUGACGCCGAGGUAGCAGAAGUCAGAGGUUCGGAAGCCAGCAAGGCAGAAGUGCAAAUUCCAGAGAUCAGUACAACAGACGUGAGCAGUUCCGAAACAGUUAUGGUGGAAGUGGAGAGUUCCGAAAUGAAUAGUGCGCAAGUGAAUGAUUCUCUCGAGACGAAGGCAGAAGUGAAAAAUUCUCACACUAGCGUGGAAGAAGUGAAGCAACCUGAUGUGAGUAUAAGCGAAGUGAAGAAUACUGGUGAUAAGGUGACGGAAGUGAUAAUUUCCAAUGUGAGCGUGGGAGAAGUGAACAUUUCUGAUACAAAUUCGACACCUAAAUCGAUCUCACCAGAAGGCGAGAGUGGCGGGGGAAGUGAAAAUGCGGGAGUUAGGGCCAACGAGAACGUGCAGCCGGUUGUCACGGAGACUCCUACUCCGAGUGCUUCGGAGCCUCUGAUCGAGAUUUCCGAUGACGGGUCGUGGGACAUGAAGCCCCAACACGAACUGGAGGCGGCUGGAGCCCCGAGGGAAUCUACCGGAGCACUCGAAGGAAGUCUGUACGAAAACCAGACUGCGACUGUCGAGGAUGAGGCGAAGUGUGCUGCAGAUGCCGCUGCUACACCUGUACCCGUUGCUGUGUGCCCACCGAAACCGUUACCACGCAAGCUCGAGACGGCGGCUGCUGCGAAGGUAGAGGAGUCUGCCCAGUCAGAGGAAGCCCAGAACGGCGCAACCAUUCUGGAAGCUGUGGCGGACCUGUGCGUCGGCCUGAAGACGCUGGACAACGCCAAGCCGUACAAGGACGGCGAGGAGCCGCCCACAGAGACGCCGGCCGACCCACAGCAUGCACCGCCACCGCCGCCCUUCCGCUUCGGAAAAUUCCCGAAAGAUGUGGUGUACGACUCGAUCCUGGAGAACAAGAACAAGACGAAGAGCUACUGGGAGCAGCGCAUGCUGUGCGUGGCAGAUGGGGAGUGCGCGCCCAAGGUGGUGGACGCGGUGGCCAAGUCGCCGGCCGUGGCCAAGAUCGCGAUGGAGCUGCGCGAGAUGAGAGAGCGCGAGGAGGAACUGCGGCGCGCGAGGCUCGCCCUCCAGCUGCCGCUGCCGCUCACAGACAGCUGCUCAGAGUACGGCAGCGAGGACAGCAUGGUGAGUCCUCCAGGAUACUCACAUCAGCGUACAGAUUCUAUGAGCUCUGGUCAUAGUUCUGGAUCAGACUUUGGCCGCAGGCGUGUUACAGUGAAACCCUUGGAUGAACCAGACUCUGAAAGUGAAACUCCAGUGUACAAGAGAACCCAGAAAGAAACUCCCAUUGAGAGGGAAAUUAGAUUAGCUCGUGAAAGAGAAGAGGAACUGAGACGUGAGAAAGGACUUCCACCGUUAAACACACCUACCACUCCAAAAGCUGAAUUUCGUUUCCUACAUAAAACUCUGAGUUCAAGUGAACAACAGCAUACUCAGCCUCCUCGGCCUGCAACAACAAGAAUUCAACAAGAAAUUGAUGAGGCAGUACAGAGGGAGAGAGAACUGAAAGAAGCAAAUGGAAUUCAGACAUCUGAUGAAAAUAUUGUACAUAAGAGAUCUCAAACACCUGAUGCUGUCAACAGUUCCACAGAAGAGAGAGAGAGUGAUCCAAAUAGUUUCUCCUCUUCGAACAAUCUUUCAGAUUCACUAAAUGAUGGAGAACCCUCAGCACAAGCUGUUCCAACAAAGAGAUCUCAGUCAUCAAGUCCAUCACUUAAUAAUUCUCCAUUUGCAAGCCCAACACACAGGUUCUCAUCUGGUGGUGGACAGAAAGGAUUGAUGCAGAGGUUUUAUGCAUCACAUGGAAGGAUGAGAAUUUAUGCUGCUCCAAGGAAUACUGUACCUGUUGUUGUUUCUCCUCCUUCUGUUUCACCUGUACAUAACCAGCCUCCAAUUCAAAGGAAGAUCAUUGACAUCAAUAGUGGGAAUGAUUCACAGGAUUCAGAUGAAGAACUGGUAAAGACUCCAGUGAGAAAGGGCUACCAAUCAGCUGAAGAGAAGAUACAAGCCGAGUUACAAGAGAUGCAAAAACGUGAAGAAGAAUUGAGGUUGCUGAGAGCAAAACUAUUUGCUCAGUCACAGCCAAAUCUUUUGAGCAUUGGUAGUAUUGAGGAAGAAGAAAUUAAUCAUAUCAAUGGUGAUGGAGGGAAACAGACUUUGCAGAGUGCACAGUCUAUUCCAAACCUCUUAGAUUCUGAUGAUUCAUUGGAUGUUUCACAGGAUCCUGCUUCACAAAAGUUUCAGAAAAAUUCCCCAAGAAAAAGAAGUGCACUGAUUGCUGAGUGGGAGAGCAGGAUCCAAAAAAAUUCAGAGCAUUGAUCGUGACGUCUGAACCACCACCAAUGAAAAUGUCACAUUCCAGAAUGUGUGUGGAUACAACCAAGAAACAAUACUGCCUUUGCAAUUUUACUAGACUGCUGUGUUCCCAGUAUUGUGAAGAAAUUUGUUUUUCUUAUGUAGAGUUUCUUAAUAUUAUUGUGCAAUUAUUGUUGAAGAUUUCUGACAGGACCAGAAAUAAUAAUGAGUAUUAUUAGGGAGGUAAUACACAAUACAUUCCAGCCACAUAGGAAACAAUGUCUAAGAUAUUUUCUUAAUGGGUUUCAUUGUAAUUGUAUAAGAACUGUCAUUUUACUCUGUGUGAUGAAUUGGUUUGAAGCUGAAUAUUCUGUUAAAAUCCUUAAACUUAAUUUCAAUGCACAAAUACUUAUACCAUUUGUUCUAAUUUGGCUACUGGGAUUUCAUAAUGGCUUCCAGUCACUUUUGGUUACCAUUGGCAUGAUGCAGAAGUUAAAGUAAAAAUUUCAGUGGUAUGAGCAGUGUUGUAUCAUUCUGUGUUGAAAGCAAUCAAAACAAUUUAAUUUUCCUUGUAUUGUGUCUUGCCUAUAUGCUAAAUUUGAUGAUUGCAGUUGAUGGAAAUUCAAAUGAAAAUUUCAAGUGAUGAAGAAAUAUUUUCCCUUUAUUGUUCUACACACAAGGAGCUUUUGUCCUUCCUUCUCAUUAAUUUGAAUGUGCUUAAAAAUUAGAAUAUUGCUGUGUGUCAUAUGUCGUUGCAAUAGAUUAAGGGCAUACUCCUUCAUAGUAUUCCAUGACUAGAAAUGUUUUGUUGAUUAAAUUGAUGGCUGAUGAUUUAACAUAAUGUAUUUGCAAUCGUUUUGUUGUGCUGGUUGGAAGCAUCACUUGAUGGCGAAUUUAGUCUGCUAAUUUCUUAAAGAAAUACAUGAAAAUGAAACAAACUGUAGAUAAACAGUUAUACAACAGUAAUAACGCAAGAAUUACAGUAAAAUUAAGAGAAACUAAUAUAUAGUAUUUUGAGACACUUAUAAUAUGGUUAUUCAAACGUGACCAAAAUGUAAUAUUGCUGGGAGUGUAACUGUACUAUCUGGAUGAUGCUUAUGCAAGAUUCAGUGUAAACAUUGAACGUAGUUUGAUUAACAGUUGCAGAGUUCUAAGUAAUGUCUGUAGAAAAGAAUGUUUGUGAAAAAGGAAACUAAGCUUCAGCAGUUUCAGAAGAGAAUUGGCGUAAGUAUCACUAGUCUGGGUGUAUGUAGAGAGGAGACUAAGAAAACAGUUGUUUUAAUUCAUUUUUCUGUUUCUUCUUUCAAGUUAUGAAGUAAUUUUGGAAUACAUAACAAAAAAUUGAUAUACGAGAAGCUGUUAAAUAUAAGUAUUAAAACUAUUGAACAAAUAGGCAUUAUAGUUAACAACAUUUUAUAGUGUAAGAGUUGUUUGUAUGUGUAAUAUGACUGUUCUGUUACAUAUUGAUGAAAUUUUCACAUCACUCGUUAUUUUCGUUGUUGAAAUUGCAGGUAAUAUCUGUUAUAUAUAAGUGUGUGUGUGUGUGUGUGUGUGUGUGUGUGUGUGUGUGUGUGUGUGUGUGUGUGUGUGUCAUCAAAGUAAAAAUGUGGUGUGAAAAUGACUUAAUGUACUGGUAUUUAUUUGAAUACUAUUUAUACUGUUGCAUUGUUGUGGCAUUAAACUCCCUCUCAGACUUUGUUCAAAAUAUUGAAUUUGAAGGUGCUUCUUGAAUUUUUUUGUGCUACCACCCAUGGUUAGAUCUAUUAUUAACCAACAUGUACAUAUCAAAUAUUCAUGUGGCAUGAGGUGCAUUUCUGAGAAAUGUAAGUAAUAAAUUGCUUGUAAAGGA